GAAUGAACCAAGGGCACUUUGCUUUUAGCCUUUCACUUGUAAAAAGAGGUGUCUUUCUGCCUCCACCGCUCGUUCGCUUCUCUUCUCUGGCGUGGCGGCCAUGGCGUCACCUUCUCACCCUUCAUCUCUUCCGACCCAUUCGUCCGUAAAAACCCAUGCAACCAUCCGACAACUCCUUUUCCCCAUCUUUGCCUUGCUCCUCCACCUCUCUCUGUCUCCGGUCGUCGCAUUUUCCGGCACCAGCAAUGUAGAAAGCUCUAAAACUAACUUGUUUCCAGAAAUACUGAAGCAGGAGGCUGUGGCAAGGCUAUAUGAGCUUGGAAAGCACUCUUUUGGAUGCAAUGACCACAUAGAGAAUAUGGAUGUCUCAUUUUCUCAUACUUGCGAGGCUAAUGAUGCAGUUAACUAUCUUGAGAGGACAUUCCAAAGUCCUGCUUCUAUAAGGGCUGGGAACCUUAUUCGUUCAUGGAUGGAGGAUGCCGGUUUGAGAACAUGGAUUGACCACAUGGGAAAUGUUCAUGGACGAAUCGACGGAAUUAAUCCAACUCAGAAGGCUUUGCUAAUUGGAUCUCACUUGGACACUGUUAUUGAUGCUGGAUAUUUUGAUGGCUCACUGGGAAUAGUAUCGGCGGUAUCUGCUUUGAAGGUCUUGAAAGAAACUGGGCGGUUAGGGAAACUAAGACAGCCAGUUGAGGUCAUUGCUUUCAGUGAUGAGGAAGGGGUUAGGUUUCAGUCUACCUUCUUGGGUAGUGCGGCUAUUGCCGGUACUUUACCAGUUACAACAUUGCAUAUAAAUGAUAAGGGUGGAGUGACAGUACAAGGUGCUCUAAGAGAAAACUCUAUUGAAAUUACUGAAGAGGCCCUAUCAAAGCUCAAAUAUGACCAAGAAUCUGUUUCCGCAUAUAUUGAAAUUCACAUCGAGCAGGGUCCGGUAUUAGAGAAUCGUGGCCUUCCUCUUGGUUUAGUUAAAGGCAUUGCAGGACAGACGAGGCUAAAGGUUAUUGUGAGAGGCACACAAGGGCAUGCUGGAACUGUGCCCAUGGAUAUGCGCCAAGAUCCUAUGGUUGCAUCUGCCGAACUGAUUGUAUUAUUGGAAAACCUUUGUAAACAACCCGAAUAUUAUCUCUCAUAUGAUGAUCAAUGCCCAUCAUCUACAGUCAAAUCUCUUGCAGGAUCUCUUGUCUGCACUGUUGGAGAAAUCUCAACUUGGCCAAGUGCAAGUAAUGUCAUCCCAGGCGAGGUUAAAUUCACUGUAGACAUACGGGCAAUGGAUGACAUAGGUCGAGAAGCUAUCAUUUAUGAAUAUUCAAACCGCAUGCAUCAGUUAUGCGACAGGCGUAAUGUUUUCUGCGUCAUUGAACGAAAGCAUGAUGCAAACGCGGUGGUUUGUGAUCCCGAACUGAGUGCACAGCUAAAUUCCGCAGCCCGUUCUGCUUUUAGAAAAAUCACUGGUGAGACAAUAGAUGAUGUGCCUGUACUGAUGAGUGGGGCCGGACACGAUGCCAUGGCGAUGUCUCAUCUAACCAAGGUCGGGAUGCUGUUUGUGCGUUGCCGUGGGGGAAUAAGUCAUUCCCCAGCAGAGCAUGUGUUGGACGAUGAUGUUUGGGCAGCUGGCAUGGCAGUCUUGGCAUUUCUGGAGACCCUCUUGUAAGUAGCGUUUGUAGAGAAGUAGGGAACUUGGUUUCCGAUUUGGUCAUGUAUGUGAAUAUGCAAUUUUUAUUGAAGUGUUUUUCCAUCAUUCCUUUUAUUGGAAAUAUAAAUUCAUGUGUGAUUCCUUUACACUUCUGUAAAGACUCAUAUUUUGAAAUCAAAAGCCAAUUAGUUAUAUUCAGGCUAUUUUUUCUUUUAUUUAAGCGACUAUUUGUUUGACUUUGUUCGUUGUUUGCGAGUUCAUAUCUU